CCUGACGCCGCCCCGCCCCGCUCUUCUCUCGGCCCAAGAUGGCGGCGCCCGUUUGCGGUCUGAGGCUCCGGCCGCUGGUCCUGUCCUGGAACCGGGAGCUGCCGUGCGUCUGGCGCGCCCUGCACACCUCCGCGGUCUGCGCCAAGAACCGGGCGGCCCGAGUCCGAGUGGGCAAGGGGGACAAACCAGUGACCUACGAGGAGGCGCACGCGCCGCACCACAUCGCCCAUCGUAAGGGCUGGCUGUCGCUGCACACAGGUAACCUGGAUGGGGAGGACCAUGCUGCAGAGAGAAUAGUGGAAGAUGUUUUCCUUCGUAAAUUUAUGCUGGGCACCUUCCCAGGUUGCCUGGCUGACCAGCUUGUUCUAAAGCGCCGGGCUAACCAGCUGGAGAUCUGUGCCCUGGUCCUGAGGCAGCUACCUGCACAUAAGUUCUACUUCCUUGUGGGCUACAGUGAGACUCUGCUGUCCCACUUUUACAAGUGUCCUGUGCAUCUGCACCUGCAAACUGUGCCCUCAAAGGUUGUGUAUAAGUAUAUCUAGGACAACCAACCUGUUUGCAUCAAACUGUAGCCUGCAAAGGACAAACUUGUGGAAAAGGACUGAAGUCGAAACAGGGGAAAUGCAUCCCCUCAGACUACUGAGGCUUUGUCUUUGAAGUUGGCUGUUGAAUAAAUAGACUCUCUAUGUUG